UGAGGAAGCAGAGACAACUUCGAGAUCAACAACACAAAUUUUACACUGCGAGGUGCAACAGCGACUUAUCCCGGAGGUUGUCGCGGGUAUGCCAAUUGCAGAAAUUCGCAUAAGUAGAACGAGAUGAGCGCGAGUAUUCUUCCCAAAGCGGCCCUUCCGGCGCGGCACCUCUCACCAUCGCAAAUAUGCCGUCACCAAAGGCUCAAGGGAUGCGCCAGCCGGUCGGCCCCUGCCGUCGCCUACUCGGUCGUAUCCAGGGCUUCCGGUCGCCCAUCUCCGAAGCCACGGAGCCAGCCGCCCAUCUCCCGACCCAGGGUCUAUUUCCACACUACCCGCCGGUUACUCGCCACUCCGCGGGAUCCGUAUGGCGCCCUAGGCGUCGGCAAGAACGCGUCACCGUCCGACAUCAAGAAGGCCUACUAUGGCCUAGCGAAGAAAUACCACCCGGACACGAACAAGGAUGCAACUGCCAAAGACAAGUUCGCCGAGAUCCAGUCCGCCUACGAAAUCUUGUCCGACCCUAAGAAGAAAGAACAAUUCGACCAGUUUGGUGCUGCGGGGUUCGACCCGAGUGGUGGCGGCCCCAGCCCUGGCGCCGGCCAUCCGUUCGGAGGCGGCCACCCCUUCAGCGGGUUCAGCGGCGCGGGCGGCUUCGGCGCUAACGUCAAUUUUGACGACAUAUUCUCCGCGUUCACCGGCGGUGCCGGGUUUGGCGGUGCGGGCUUUGGCGGGCGUGGCGGUCGUGGUGGCUUCCAGACGGAGAUCCUGGAGGGCGAAGAUGUGGAGGUGCAGGUCACAGUGUCCUUCAUGGAGGCGGCCAAGGGAACAAGCAAGAACAUAACAACUUUACCGCUAGUGACGUGUAAGACGUGCAGCGGCAGCGGGUUGAAGCAGAACGCCAAGCGGUCCCAGUGCGGGUCUUGCAACGGGACAGGCACCCGGGUGCACUUCGUUUCGGGCGGCUUUCAGAUGGCCAGCUCUUGCUCGACCUGCAACGGUACCGGCUCGUCGGUCCCGCGGGGUUCCGAGUGCCGCUCGUGCCAGGGCGACGGCGUAGUCCGCGAGCGCAAAACCAUCACGGUCGACAUCCCCGGCGGCAUCGAGGACGGCAUGCGGCUGCGCGUGAGCGGGGCGGGCGACGCGCCCCCCACGGGCCGGGCGGGCGAGAACGUCCGCGCCACCAACGGCGACAUGUACGUCUUUGUCAAGGUGGCGCGCGACCCGCAGUUCAGCCGGCAGGGCUCCGACAUCCUCUACACGGCGACCAUCCCGCUGCCCACCGCCAUCCUCGGUGGUGAGGUCACCAUCCCGACGCUCGAUGGCGACGCCAGGGUCCGUGUCACCACCGGCACUAGCACGGGCGACAAGAUGACGCUCGCGGGCAAGGGCAUGCCGAAGCUCAACGCCCGGCGCGGCGGGAAGGGCGAUCUCAAGGUCGAGUUCCGCGUCGCAAUGCCCAAGUACCUCUCAACCAACCAGCGGGCGCUCGUCGAGAUGCUAGCAGACGAGAUGGGCGACAAGUCUGCGAAGCGGAUCAUGAACCUACACAAGAAUUACGACGAAAACGACCCCGAAGCCCACAAGAACGAAGGCUUCCUCAAGUCGCUCUGGCACAACCUCACCAACCACCCAGCCCACCAGCAGCGGCCCGAAGGCAGCGAAGAUACCAAGAAGCCCGGCGACGACAAGACCAAAAAAUAACUUGGCUCCGGCCCCGGCUGGUUGCGUGAGAUGAGAAACAAAAAAGAAGGGAUGGGAAAAGAUAACGACCAGAGUUAUGUAACUUGCCCCCAAGUUACAUGUACAACCAAUGACAACAACGCGCAACACGCACCACGGCCGAUGGCCACGA